AUGCACUUGCUGACUUUUUUCUUGCUCGGCACCAUCUGUCGACAUGCCCUGGCCUUCAAUUAUCCUGUCUGUUGUCGCGAGGCCAACAGCGCCGAACGACUCUUUGACUGGGACAACGGCACAAACACGUACGCUCCAUUAAAGCAGCCGUAUUCAACAUGCGGACAGGUGUACAGCGCCAACAUUCCCCCUGCAAGGCCCAUAUACAUCACUUACGAGAGCUGUCGAGCGAAUUGCCGCGGCUUCGACUUGACAAAAAUCAAGGAGCUCAGCAUAUGGGCAGCUCCGUUCAUCCAAUUCAUCAUUCCUGCCAUUAUCUUCUCACUGUCUAUACCACGCGGAGAGCUCUUCGUGCCAAUAUGGAACUUGCACGCAUUGUCGAGCUCCGCCAGUGGGAUCCCCGGAGCUGUCGGAUAUCUACUGGGAGAUAUUGCAUAUGGUUUGAUCCUUGCGAUUCUGACUGCUAUCGACACGAUCGUCUGGAUUAUCGUCAUACUGAUCUUGGCUGGCCCAAUGAUGGUGUCCGGCCUGACGGAAGCACUACUGGACAUCAAGAUCUUGCAUGCAAUAUCAUCUAACAAGCAUGCACAGCUGAAUGAUGAGUUAAAGCUUAGCAACGAGUCGAAGCUCAAACUGAUCCUGAGUGUGGUAGCCGGUAACUUAGUCCUACCAGAUUUGAUAUCACCAAAGAGACAUCAUCGAUGGAGCUCACUCAGUGGUAUUGCAGCGGUGAGCGACGCUUGGACCAGCGAAGCGUUGGGUAGACUCUUGCCACAAGCUGCGCCAGCUCGUCGACUUGAUAGACCAGAUGCCUUGGAAGAGAUAUCGAGGUCACUGGGCAAACAGCAGGACGCAAGCAUACGACAAGCACAGCUGCUAUAUCUUAUGAGCGCACAAGGCGAUUUCGGCGCUAUCGUCGGUGCGCCGGUAGCUUUCUUCUUGGGAGGCUUCAUAUACAACAUCGUCGACCUGCUGGGUAACCCAAACUACCAGGAUCCCGCAGUGACGCUGGCCUUUGGGGUGCAGUGGAUGAUCGUUGUGCACGUUGCCAUUGUCAGUGGAUGCUUGUUUGCAAGCAACAAUCCGAGCGCUGUCUGUAUUCUCAAUGGCUAUCCAACACCUCCCGGGGCUACAUCAUCAUCAUCAUCACGCACGAUUUACGAGACCCGUUUUCAACCUGUAUCGAUGCUGCAGCGGGGCUCGAAUAAAUUGGGUUGGCUGCGUACCAUUGCGGACCGAGGGGAGGACCAACGACUCGCACUUCACCGUGUCAAGAGGAACGUCCGAAUACGAACCUAUGAGUACUUUGCGCUCAUCAUAGUGCCCACUAUGAUAUUGAUCAGUCUACCAUCAGCUGCCGGUGCGGUAGUAGCCUGGAGAACUCCUCCUGUAGGUUGGGGAUGUCGCUCACUAACGCUCGUCUGCUAUGCCGCUAGCCAACUGUUCGUUACCAUCCUGCACGAGCUACGGGACCAUGCCGAAAAGACGUCGCCUGUCUUCCCCCGGGGCCCAAUGUCGAAGACUGGUUGGAAGAAGCUCCUGCUGAGCUACCUGCUGCGGAUUUGUCAUAUGUGCGAGAUAUGCUACCGCUGGUCACUGCCAGUAUUAUACUGGACAUUAUGCUUGUUCACACUAUUCACAUCCCUUGGCGGUACGAUACUGCAGGUCAUGGGAGUUUACCGGAACUGUCUUUGCUACAUCAACACCCCGAUGUGGACUCGUCUGGAUCAAGCGUUCGUGCAGGUUGCGUCUGAUACAUAUCGGCAGAGACAUGCGAGUCAGAAUUGGAUCAAGAUGGGAAACUCAUCCGAGCGGAAUAUCGAAAACAAGUCGAGAAUCUAUAUCGAUAAGUCGACGGCAGAUCAAGGCCAUCGCGGCAUCUCGUGCCGCAGCGUGGUCGCACAACACGCCUCGGACUAUGUACUCACCCCCUGGAGAACCUAUCACCGAGAGGUAUUCGCGCAAGAUCUACAGCUUUUGAGAGUCUUUGGUAAGCACUUUGCCACCCAUGAUAUUUACUGCCUGGAGCAGGAGCAGCAGGAGGAGGAGCAGACAACAAUUCGCCUGUGUGACUGGUCGGCCAGCUCAGACAGCAGCCGGGAGACCGUCUUGCCGCCAAGAUCGGCCUCAAGUGGAUCAGGAUUACAGGACCCACCACGCGAUAGGUUAAGGUGUGGGCAACAAUCACAGCAACGAGUGCCUGAGGCUACAAGUACCCCACUCCGCCCCGCCCCGCUCCGCUCCGUCGACGUGCGCGACUCCACCAUCAUGGCGCCCAGAUACAAGGACUUUGACGUCGAACAGGUCUUGUCCCAGCUCACGACCCAGGAAAAGAUCUCUCUCCUGUCGGGAACCGACUUCUGGCAUUUGGCGGGUAUAUCACGACUUGGCAUCCCGGCGAUCAGGACAUCAGAUGGACCCAAUGACCUCGUCGGAUAUGAUGGCACGCAGCUGACUCUAUCAGGCACUGCCCUCGGAGCGACAUGGGAUGUCGAUAUGCUCAAACAAGCCGGCGAGCUCAUGGGCCAUGAAGCCAUUGCGAAAGGUGCUUCUGUUCUGUUGGGGCCUACUGUGAACAUGCAGCGCUCACCACUCGGCGGACGAGGUUUCGAGUCGUAUUCGGAAGAUCCAGUGCUGGCUGGUAACCUCGCUGCAGCCUCAAUCGCCGGCAUACAGUCGACAGGCGUGGCUGCGACUCUCAAGCACUUUGUGUGUAAUGAUUUGGAAGACAAACGCAUGGCAAGCAACAGUAUAGUGUCCGAACGAGCACUUCGUGAAGUCUAUCUGAUGCCAUUUCAAAUUGCUCAGCGAGAUGCAAAGCCCUGGGCCAUCAUGACUUCAUAUAACCUGGUCAAUGGUCUCCACGCCAGUGAGAAUCCCAAAUUGAUUCAGAACAUCCUAAGGGAAGAAUGGGGCUUCGAUGGCCUGGUCAUGUCGGAUUGGUUCGGUGUGUACUCCACAACAGAGGCCAUCAAAGCGGGUCUCGAUCUGGAAAUGCCGGGGCCGGGAACAAUGCGAGGCAACCAGAUCAACCUCGCUCUCGUCUGCGGUAAACUGCUACCACACCAUCUCGACGCAAGAGUCACAGAGGUGCUGAAAUUCAUCAAGAAGCUGUUACCACUCAACAUUGAAGAAGGUGCAGAGGAGUCGACGGUCAAUACACCCGAGACUGCAGCUCUCCUGAGAUCGAUCGCUGCCAACAGCUUGGUGUUAUUGAAGAAUGAAGAACAGCUGCUCCCAUUCAAGAAAGACAAGACAACUGCUGUCAUUGGGCCCAAUGCCGAAUUUGCUGCCUUUUCUGGUGGCGGAUCUGCGUCACUUUUACCCUACUACGCGGUCACACCCCUGGCCGGCAUCAAGUCCAAGGUGCCAGAUGUGCAGUACGAGCUGGGAGUCGCAGCGUGGAAGCGCUUGCCACUCAUUUCUCACUCUGUGAAGACAGCAGAUGGUCAAGAGGGACUAUAUGCUAAGUUUUACUUCGAACCUCCGUCUGAGAAGGACAGAAAAUGUUUCGAUGAGCUUCUGAUCACCGACACGAACAUCUCACUCUUCGAUUACAAACAUCCACAGCUCAAAUCGCACCUCGUGUACGUCGAUAUCGAUACUACAUUCACUCCCGAGGAGAGCGCAGAAUAUGAGUUUAGCUGCUCUGCGGCCGGCACCGCUCAAGUGUUUGUGGAUGACAAGCUUGUGGUAGACAACAAGACAAAGCAGACACCAGGAGACUCGUUCUUCGGAGCUGGAACCCAAGAAGAGAUUGGUUCCAUCAAGCUCGAAGCCGGCAAGACAUAUGCCAUUCACGUCGAAUUCGGCUCGCUCCCGACGAUCACAUACCACAAAGAAGGCGUCACGGCGUUUGGCGCGGGAGGAGUACGUCUGGGAAUGUAUCGCAAGAUCGACCAAAAAGUCGAAAUCCAGCGAGCUGUAGAGCUGGCGAAGAAAGUAGAUCAAGUAGUCCUCGUCGCUGGACUCAACUCCGACUGGGAAUCCGAAGGCUAUGAUCGCAGCCACAUGGACUUACCCCCUGGAUCCGACGACCUGAUCACAGCCGUCCUCGCCGCCAACCCCAACACGGCCGUAAUCAUCCAAUCCGGCACACCCGUCACCAUGCCCUGGGCUGACCAGGCCAAAGCUUUAGUCCAAGCCUGGUACGGAGGCAACGAGACGGGCAACGCCAUUGCAGAUGUCAUUUUCGGCGACAUCAACCCCAGCGGAAAAUUGAGCUUGAGUUUCCCCAAACGCAACGAAGACAACCCGGCUUUUUUAAACUACACCACGACCGACGACAAUCGCGUCCUCUACGGCGAAGACGUUUAUGUCGGAUACAAAUUUUACGAAAAAACUUCCAAGGAGGUCCUUUUUCCUUUUGGUCACGGUCUCAGCUAUACGACGUUUUCCAUGAAAGACCUCACCAUCACAUCCGACGGCGACGACGACAACAACAACAACAACAAAACCAUCCUUCUCACCCUCUCCAUCACCAACACCGGCCCCCUCGCAGGCGCCGAAGUCAUCCAAGUCUACAUUUCCCCCCCACCAACACAAACCAGCACUUCCUCCCAAAAACAACAACGACGAGGUCCUCUCAAAGAACUCGUAGGAUUCACCAAAAUUUUCUUACAAGCAGCAGAGACGCAGAUUGCCAAAAUUCAAAUUUCGAAAAAAUAUGCUACGAGUUAUUAUUCCGAAGCGAGAUGUGCGUGGGUGGCGGAACAAGGGAAAUAUCGAGUUUGGGUCGGGAAUUCGAGUUCCAUGUCGUUGCAGGGCAGUGGGGAGUUUUUGGAGGGAGAGGUUGAGGUGGAGAGGGAGGUGGUUUGGAGGGGGUUGUGA